GUGCAAAUCAGAUAAUUUGCGAAAUAGCUGGACAUGUCUGGAAAAGUCCUUAUGUAUUUAAUGUUAACGAAAUGCCAGAACGUUGUGAAUCAUUUUCAGUUGGUCAAUUUGCUUUUGACUGUAAUGAUGGUACUAAUUCUCAUGUAAUGGAAGGAGAUAAAAAUAUCAUAAGAAGCUUGACACAAAUUAACAAACCGGUUUACAUAAGCAUUGGGUUUGGAUUUUCUGAUGAUUGGGACUCAGUAUUGAGUCCCCCGGAUGCCAAUGUAUUCAAGAAAGAAUCAUUUGAUCCAUUAAUCAAUUUUUUAAAUACAUAUAAAAUCACCGGUAUUAUGAUUAAUUGUCGAGACCUAUAUGCUGGCAUAGAAAACUUUGCACAAAAAAUAUUUGACUUUGUCACUUCUAUUAAAAAAGAAAUUAAUCAAUUAAAAGUUGGAUUGGUUGUAGAUGGACCGGGCUAUUCACUUUAUCCAGAUAAAACACUUUUUGAUUUUACAAAAACAAAUAAAAUUUUGGAAUUUUAUGCAAUUGAUUUGGGGAAUUUAAACAUAUGCGAUGCAGAAGCAAAACAACUUGGCUUGAGUCCAGUAAAGUCCACUAGUCCAUCUAUGUGGACUAUAGAAUCAGUUAAUAAUGCUAUUAAUAAUUCAACUAUGGAUAAAUCAAAAAUAUACGCUAUGUUACAAGUAUCAGUUAUAAUUCCAAAAUCUCUUGUUGGCAAAGACAAAAAGCAACUUACAUCUUAUGCAAAAUAUUGUAGUAAUACCGAUUCUAAUUCAUGCCAAUGGUGUUCGAAUCCUUCACAACUUUCAUAUGAUCAAGGAGUUUAUGCAAAACAAAACUACAAAGGAAUUAUCUUACGACAGCUUGAUACAGAUGACUAUGGUUGCAAUUGUGAAUGUGGACAAUUUCCAGUAACAAACCAAAUUAUUAAUGGGUGGGAAUCAUGUACUUUUACAUCAUGUCCAAAACUAGAUUAAAAUUAACCAUUUUAAUUGACAAGUUGAGUAUAAAAAAAAAAAACUAUAAAGUUUCUCUCUAGAGUUAUAAUGAAGGUAUUCAACAAUAUUAUUACUAUACAUGAUUAUAAAUAUAUGCGUUUUGUAUUUAUAUUAAAUAAAUAUAGUUUUUUACUGCAU